CAGCCGACGAACGGUUGGCAGCCUUGCUUUCCGGACCAAAACAGCUGUUGUAUUAUUGUUUGACACCACGUGGUGUUCCGCUUUUCUCUCAAUUUCCCCGACAUUUUCCACUCGACACGCGAGAUGGGCAAGGUGAAGAAGGAGACAGAGGUGCAGGAGAACGCGGAGGAGGUGGUGAUCAAGAAGGAGGACGCGGAGAGUUAUGAGGAGAAGCUGGCUUAUGUGACGCCAAUUGCCAAGCCCAUGGCGUCGAAGAAGCUGGCCAAGAAGUGCUUCAAACUCAUCAAGAAGGCCACCAAACAGAAGACUUACCUGCGAAAUGGACUGAAGGAUGUGCAGAAGCGCAUCCGGAAGGGUGAAACUGGUCUGGUUGUCUUUGCCGGGGAUGUGCGUCCUGUGGACAUGAUUUGUCACUUGCCGGCUGUGUGCGAGGAGAAGAGCAUCCCGUACGUUUAUGUGCCCAGCCGGGCGGAUUUGGGACAGGCGUUGGGUGUCAAGAGAGCCUCCGUGACGGUGCUGGUCAGGGAACAUCCGGAGUAUAAGGAGCUCUUCGAUGAGUGCUCAACAGAGGUGACACAUCUUCCUGUGCCGUCGUAAGACGCAUUGGGCUUUAUAAAUAAAAGAAUUCUUUGAGAAAAUAA